AUGAGUGUAGAAAUAUGUCAUCAACAAGAAGAGGAGCCCAGUAACAGCAACAGGGAGAGUCCAGUCAGAGGAACAAAGAAGAAGCAGCAUACACCGGGAGUUUAUGAACGAGUUCGUUCAACAAGGCCUACAAUAUUUAAGAACUCAGUUCACAAACCAUAUGUCAAGAUAGUUGGUAGAAGAUUCACGAUUCCGAAGGGAUGCAAGGUGUUUGCUUCAUUCAGAGCAGUGCACCUUGACAGAGAUUACUACGAAGAAGCCCGGACCUUCAACCCAUGGAGAUGGCUGAACCACAACAACAAUGUCAGCAAAGAUGGAGGCCAGCAAGCUGGUGGAUCUCCCAUCUUCACUCCAUUUGGGGGUGGCCAGCGGCUCUGCCCCGGCUACGAGCUCGGCCGUGUCGAAAUCUCUGUCUUCCUCCACUACCUUGUAACUUGCUUCAGGUCGAAAGGCGAGGCGAGUCAACCGUCGCCUAUGUCCUUGUCAGAUUAUGACAUUGAGGCCAUUGCUGAGACAGAGUGA